CAAAUGCAAAUGUCUCAAAACAUCCAUCUUUAUCGUUCGACGUCGGGCUCUACUCCACUCUGUACACCACCACCACCGCUGAUAUCAUCGCCAUGCCUUCCCCGGAGAGAGUCACCGCUCAGCGGCCCGCACCACUGGCCUGUCUCGAGUGUCGCCGAACGCACCUGAAAUGCGAUGCCGCGACACCCAUCUGCGGACGCUGCAACUCUCGAGGACUACCCUGCUCCUACACCUCAUCGAAACGAGGGACACGACGGGGCACAAAGCGAGCGAAUCCUGAUGCCGACCAACUGGAUACGAGUCGCAAAUCGCCCUGCUUCAUCUCCGAACCGACUCACUGGAUCACGGAUGUCGGCGAGUUUGGCCUCAAUGCUUCGAUAGAUGCUCAGACGUCUUCAGGCAUCCAUGUCCGACAUGCUCAAGAUACCCCACCGGCACUACCUGUCGCUCGGGAUGCUGCGUCCAUUCGAAGGGAUGCCGGACCACAGCAGCAUCGUGUCGACGACGAGCAGCUCGUCAAUCUGUACUAUCUGAACUUCCACAACAGCCAUCCGAUUCUACUGCCAGGAUGCUUCUACUGGGAACGGAGGUACCCGCGAUACCUCAAGGCCGUGGUUGAGUUCAUAGGGAGUCACUUCUCUUCAGCGACACCCAGUGCUACGCUACGAGAUGCCACGGCAAGAGAACUCGCACAAGGAGACCAGAACACGACGGAGAUGGUGCAAGCGCGGAUCCUGUACACCAUCCUCCUCUUCGCGCGGAACGAAGUGGAUGAGGGCCAGCAGAUGCUCGACGCAGCAGUGAAGAUGGCAGUAUCUCUCGGCCUCCAUCGUCGUGACUUCGCCGCCUCCCACUCGAAAGGCGAUGCAAGAGAAGAAGAAAGCCUACGUCGAACAUGGUACGAACUGUACAUCACAGACGCCUGCGUCGCCGCACUCCAGCGUAAAUCCACCUUCCCAACCCAUACCAUCAUCGCGGACGUCCUCCUCCCCUGCGAAGACUCGCUCUACUCCUCCGAAGUCUUCCUCUACACUGCCCCCUCCCUCAGCACCUUCGAAAGCAGCAUCUUCUCCGACCACGAAACCACCUUCUCCUCCUCCGCCUACCGCAUCCAAGCCGCCCACCUCCUCGGCCGCGUCGUCACCAUGACCAGCAACCCCGACAGCGACGGCGACAGCAACGCCCACACCCCGAUCAUCCACCGCGACCGCAUCCAAUCCCUCGACAACGCCCUCGCCGCCUUCCUCCACCAUCUCCCCGCCUCGAAAACCGAGCCCGAAAUCGUCAACGCAUACGGCUCAGAGCCAGACGAACUCAUCUUCUCCGCCCACGCCCUCCUCCAACACGCCACCAUCCUCCUCCACUUCCCGCGCGGCAACCUCUCCUCCUCCGUCCCACCCACCACGCACCUCCCGGGGGGCCACUCCGCCCGCUCCGUCUGCCCCUGCACCCGACAACACGUGCACUCGGUGAAAGCGGUCGACGCGUCACGCACGAUCGCCAUGCUCGCCGCGCUGCGGUGCCCCGUGCAGCGGCACUCGCCGUUCUUCGUGUACCCGCUCGCGCUCUCCGCCGUCGUGCAGUUGUCGGCCGGGAUGAUGCAUCUGCGCGCGGGGAGGGGGUGUCUGGCGCAGCAUUACGAGCGGGUCAAGUUGAUCCAUGGGGUUUUGAGGUCGUUGGGGAGGUACUGGGAUGUUGCGGGUGUGGUGCUGAGGGCGCUGAAUAGGACUGCUACGGCGGUUUUCCAGCCGCUGUUCGGUAGUGGUGAGGGGGAGGUGGGAGAUGGUGGGUAUGCUGCUGCUGCUGUUGUGGAUGCGGCGGCGGUGUCGUCGGAGACUAUGGCGGGGAGUGUGCAGUGGUUGGAGGGUCUUGAUGGGUUGGAUUUGUCGGGGAUGAUGGGGUUGGAUGCAGAUUGCUUCUGCUUGUAAUGUAUGGGAAGUAGUGCUGGAUAAGUCCGUAGUGACUGGCUAGUGGAGAAUUGCUGGUUGUAUAUAAAUACCCUACUCAUGUUCCGACAGCUAUGCGAAAUGCAAUUUAUACAGAUAUGAAUUCGAACAUACCGCACCACCACCAAAAGUACUUCA